AUGGACCACGCCCAAGAGAAAAAGCAUGAUGAGGUGGAGUCCGGCGAGUCGACCGAAGGUGGCUCUGUGGAGGAAAUGAAGCCAAAGGAACGAAAGGAAAUCACCGACUUGGCGCGCCAGAUAUCUGAAACCUCGCGCCAGAACACCGCGAACGAUGGCGAGCCGGUCAAUCCGUUCCUCGAUGCCUCUGCCGAUCCUGAGUUGGAUCCGUCAUCUGGCCAAUUCAACCAGACAAAAUGGGUCAAGAACAUGCUGCAUAUCACCUCGCGUGACCCCGAGAGAUAUCCCCGCCGUACCGCCGGCGUUACUUUCCGGAAUUUGAACGCAUAUGGCUACGGAACUGCCGCUGAUUACCAGGCGGAUGUCUUCAACACCUGGCUAAAAGCAUUCGGUUAUGUGAGGGGCUUGCUGGGACUGCGGAAGAAUAUGCGCAUUGAUAUUCUACGGGACUUUGAGGGUUUGGUGAAAAGCGGCGAGAUGCUGGUUGUGCUCGGACGACCUGGAAGUGGCUGUUCAACAUUUCUGCGCACCUUGUGUGGAGAGACUCACGGUCUCUGGCUCGAUGAUGGAACAGAUAUCCAGUAUGAAGGUGUUUCGUAUGAAGAAAUGCACUCCCGGUUCCGUGGCGAGGUUAUAUACCAAGCCGAGCAAGAAAUUCAUUUCCCUCAGAUGACCGCCGGGGAUACCUUGCUCUUUGCCGCGCGAGCUCGUGCCCCCGAAAACCGGCUCCCGGGUGUCAGUCGAGACCAGUACGCCGCCCAUAUGCGUGAUGUGGUCAUGGCUAUAUUGGGUCUCUCGCACACCAAGAAUACCCAGGUUGGAAAUGAGUUCAUCCGCGGCGUGUCUGGUGGCGAACGCAAGCGUACCAGUAUUGCCGAAACAACGCUUUGCGGUAGCCCUUUGCAGUGCUGGGACAACAGUACUCGUGGUCUCGACAGUGCUACUGCUCUCGAGUUUGUUCGCACUAUGAGGACUUCGACUAAAUAUACCGGCUCGACGGCAGUCGUGGCCAUUUAUCAAGCUGGACAGGCUAUCUAUGAUAUCUUUGACAAAGCUAUCGUCUUGUACGAGGGGCGCCAAAUUUACUUUGGCCGAGCAGACGAUGCUAAGCGCUUUUUUGUCGAGAUGGGCUUCUACUGCCCCCCACGACAGACCACAGCUGACUUCCUUACCUCCCUGACUAGCCCGGCCGAACGCGAAGUUCGUGAAGGGUUCGAAGGACGGGUCCCUAAUACCCCCGACGAGUUCGCAGCUCGCUGGAAAGAGAGUUCGGACCGAAGGGUCCUUAUGGAGCAAAUCGAAACAUUUGUAGCCGAACAUCCCUUGGGAGGCAAAAAAUACAAAGAAUUCACUGAUUCACGGCAAUUGGAAAAGGCCAAGGGAGCUCGCGCCUCAUCUCCAUAUACCCUAAGCUAUGGCAUGCAGAUCAAGCUUUGCUUUUGGCGGGGAAUCAAACGUAUGCAGGGUGACAUGAGCAAUACUUUGGCCGGAGUUAUCGGAAACAUCCUCAUGUCACUCAUUAUUUCCAGCAUGUUCUAUCAGCUGAAAGUAAACACAUCCAGCUUCUACCAGCGCUCGUCCUUGAUGUUCUUCGCCAUUCUUAUGAAUGCGUUCGCAAGCGUCCUGGAGAUCCAGACACUUUGGACACAACGUCCAGUUGUCGAAAAGCACAAGAAAUACGCCUUGUAUCAUCCAUCUGCCGAAGGCUUGAGUUCGAUGUUGGUUGACUUACCUGCAAAGAUUAUAACAGCCAUUGUCUUUAACUUGAUUCUGUACUGGAUGGCCGGCCUCCGUCCUACACCAGGCGCGUUCUUCACAUUCUUGCUGUUUUCCUUCACAACUACCCUGGUCAUGUCAAAUCUGUUCAGAUUCAUUGGCUCCAUGUCACGUACCCAGGCACAGGCAAUGGUACCCGCCGGUAUCUUCAUGCUUGCUCUGAUGAUCUACACUGGGUUUACGAUUCCCAUUCGAGACAUGCACCCGUGGUUCCGCUGGAUUAACUACAUUAACCCUAUCGCCUACGCAUUCGAGAGUCUGAUGCUUAACGAAUUCAGUGGGCGCGAGUGGCCUUGUUCUCAAUUUGUCCCUACCGGUGCCUCGGAAUAUUCAAAUCUGCCACCACAGUCCGUGAUUUGUAGUGCUAAUGGUGCCGUUCCUGGGAACCCUACCGUUUCUGGAGAUGCUUACCUGGCAUCGACAUAUCAAUACUCCCACACCCAUCUCUGGCGCAAUUUUGGCAUCUUAAUUGGAUUCUUCUUCUUUUUUCUAGCGCUUGCCGUCUGGGCUACAGAAGUCAUCACUGCGAGACCCUCCAAGGGCGAAGUGUUGGUGUUUCCGCGUGGAAAGAUUCCGGCUUUUGUCAAGGGGAAAAAGAAUGACCAAGACCCCGAAGCUUCAGAGGAGACCACCCAAGCUGUUGUCGAACAGGACGGACACGACUCAACCGCCGCUAUUCUCAAACAAACCUCGAUUUUUCAUUGGCAAGAUGUAUGCUUUGAUAUUAAAAUCAAGGGCGAACCACGUCGGAUUUUGGACCAUGUGGAUGGAUGGGUCAAACCUGGGACUCUGACUGCAUUGAUGGGUGUUACAGGUGCCGGUAAGACCAGUCUUCUGGAUGUGCUGGCGAAUCGCGUCACUGUUGGUGUUGUUACCGGUCAAAUGCUUGUUGAUGGCCGCCAGCGCGAUUCUUCGUUUCAACGCAAGACUGGAUAUGUACAACAACAAGAUCUUCACCUCGAGACAUCGACCGUCCGAGAAGCUCUCCGGUUCAGUGCCCUUCUCCGCCAACCAAAGGCGGUUUCUACCGCAGAAAAAUACGCGUACGUCGAAGAGGUUAUCAAGAUGCUUGGUAUGGAGGAAUAUGCCGAAGCCGUCGUGGGUGUUCUAGGUGAGGGUCUCAAUGUGGAACAACGCAAGCGAUUGACUAUUGGAGUUGAAAUCGCCGCCAAGCCUGAUUUGCUGUUGUUCUUUGAUGAGCCGACAUCUGGUCUUGAUAGUCAGACUGCUUGGAGUAUCUGUCAGUUGAUGCGCAAGCUUGCCAACCACGGACAGGCCAUUCUGUGUACCAUUCACCAACCGUCUGCUGUGCUCAUGCAGGAGUUCGACCGUCUUUUGUUCUUGGCCAAGGGUGGACGAACAGUCUAUUUCGGUGAAUUGGGAGACAAUAUGGGCGAGCUGAUAUCUUAUUUCGAGAGGCAUGGUUCAUCAAAAUGCCCCAAAUCCGCCAACCCAGCAGAAUGGAUGCUUGAGGUCAUCGGCGCCGCUCCAGGCUCCAAGGCUGACCAGGAUUGGGCAGAAGUAUGGAAAGACAGCUCUGAGCGUAUCGCCGUGCGGGAAGAACUCGCUGGUAUGAAAACACAACUGUCGACCCAGCCUCGACCAGAAGGCAGUGCCGGCUGGACUGAGUUCGCUAUGCCUAUGUGGUACCAGUUCUUUGUCAUUUUGCAUCGAAACUUUCAGCAGUUCUGGCGCACCCCUUCGUAUAUCUACGCUAAAUUCUGCUUGUGUAUUGUCCCGACUUUGUUUAUUGGGUUUUCUUUCUGGCGAGUUGGCACUUCGAUCCAAGGCCUCGAAAACCAAACAUUUGCGAUCUUCAUGUUUCUUACAAUCUUCCCCAACUUGUCGACGCAAAUGAUGCCCUAUUUUGCGAUGCAGCGAUCCUUGUACGAGGUUCGCGAACGACCCAGCAAAGCAUACUCAUGGAAAGCAUUUAUCCUAGCAUCUAUUUGCGUGGAGAUUCCGUGGAAUGCAUUGAUGGCUGUUCCUGCCUACUUUGCCUGGUACUACCCGAUAGGGCUUUUCAACAACGCCGAACCGACACACAGCGUGAUUGCUAGAGGUGGAACGAUGUUCCUGUUGCUGCUUCUUUUCAUGCUCUAUACUUCGACAUUCACAAUCAUGAUUAUUGCAGGCAUGGAGGAUCCUGCCGCAGCUGGACAGAUCUCGCAGCUGCUGUUUUCACUGUGUCUUGUGUUUUGCGGUGUUCUCGUUGGCCCAACUGCACUCCCUGGCUUUUGGAUAUUCAUGUACCGGGUGUCACCAUUUACCUAUCUUGUGGGCUCUGUGCUUUCAGUCGGUCUGUCCGGUGCAGAGAUCCACUGCGCUUCCAACGAAAUCCUCAAAUUCAGCCCCCCAAACCCUGGUCAAACAUGCGAAGCAUUUAUGCAGAACUACAUGUCCUACGCAGGCGGGAAGCUUCUCAAUGAGAACGCGACAACCAACUGUGAAUUCUGUCCGCUGGCGUAUACCGAUGACUUUUUAGCAGGUAUGAGCAUCUAUUUCAAGGAUCGGUGGCGCGAUGUUGGCAUUCUGUUCGCGUUUUGCGCCUUCAACAUUCUCGCUGCUGUUUUCUUGUACUGGCUGGCCCGAGUGCCAAAGGGAGAGAGAGUUAAGGAGGUUCCUGACCAGGAUGCGAUAACCAUAACCAAGACGCAGAGCAAGAAGGAAGAAAAGUAA